AUCUGCAGAUAUCGUAGAAUAAAAGCAUUUAUCACUCCUCACUCUGCCUCGCUUGUCAGGAAUGUGCUUCAAAGUCUUCCAACGCGCGACCCUGUUACGCUUGCAUCUUUGGACGACACCUUUUCCUAGCUCACAACAGAGCUACAUCAGCACGAGUGUUGCAACUCUUUUACGCAUACCACCACAGGCGCCAACUCGCGAGACAUGGUUCUGUUUGUACCAACCGCAGCCACGCCGCACUGCUUAUCUAUAUGAAUACGACAUCCCUAUUGAUGCAGAUGUAUACAAGACACGGGUGUCUCGGGAGCUAAAGCUGUUGUACGGCAAGCCAGCCAGCGACUGCUACAUCCAUUCAGUCGACGGCGAGAGCUUCUCCAACUGCGAUGUGGCAGCGCCCCCCUGGUACUGUUACCGUGUGCUGCUGCAGGGGAUGCGAGUAGGGCAGCGGCUGGGGCCGUACGGUCCCGAUGACAUCGUGUCGCCAAACCGAGUGACGCUGCCUUUGCAGCAGCGCUGGAGGAAUAACGUUGCCGACAUCUCCGACAUCACUGAAUUCCUGGCCGACCCGCCUGCCAGCCGUCUGACCGCCAACCUUCGCACCCUGGUUCGUGUAGCCCACGAGGACGGAUGGCGGCGGGGGCCUCGGCUGAUCCACGACCUGCUGGUGCAGCGCUGGGGACAUGAGGCGAUGCUGCGGCAUGGCAUCAGCGCGCAGCAUGUGCAGCUGCAGUAUGUGUUGUACGGGGAGAGGCUGAG